AGGAUUAUUCGUUUUGGUUAUGAGUGGCAAGGAGCGACCAGGAGGGAGACCACGGAAGGGCUCUACUGUCACCAAAAGGAAGGGGACAGAUCCAUCACCGUCGGGCAGUGGGUCGGGAGGUACCCCACCGCCUAGUGGCAGCUUUCUCCGUACGGCCCCUGUGAUGAUCAACAAUCCUGAUAGGGAGUGCAGGGAGAUGGGAUGGAGCCUUAGAUACGUUGAUAGAAAAAUCCACAUUUCGGAGAAUCGGCUGGAGGCCAGUGGUGACCAGGGCUAUUCAACGGUGCUGGCGACCCAUGGGGCUAGUAGUGGUGGCUGGUAUUAUGAGCUCACGUUCUUGGGGGAGGGCUCGAGGCAUCCUGGUGUGGUAUCGAGGAUGGAACCUCAUAUCAGGGUGGGGUGGUCGACUAGAAUGACUCGAUAUGAUAUGCCUAUUGGUAGCGACUGUUUUUCUUAUGCUAUGCGGGAUAUGGACGCAUGCAAGAUAGUGGUGGCCAAGAGGAUACCUUAUGGCAAACGGAGGAUAUUUCCGGGAGAUACGAUGGGCUGCCAUCUGUUCAUACGAGAUCCCCCCAAGACGCCAUUACGGGCGGAUGAUGGACGACCCGAAAGCUCCCUGUGGUUGCCAGGCCUAUUGUGCGAUCCAGAAGAUCCCCCGAUACCGAGCAUCUCGGAGGGCUCUGCAUUAUCAUACACGCUGAAUGGGGAGAGUCUUGGCGUGGCAUUCAAUGACGUUGUGGAGGGCGAGUACUUCCCUGCAGUGUCGUUGUACGGGGGUGCAACGGUCGAGGCUAAUUUCGGACCGGCAUUCAAGUGUCCACCACCAGAGGGAGCUCGGCCAUGCUCGGAGAUGUUCGUACCGGACGAUGGAGCCCCACCAUUGCGACCAGCCCAUUAUAUUCCUCGAGGGGCGACAGCAGAGACCAAGUUGGCGGCUUCCGAGAUGAUUCUGUCGAGUCCUAAGGCAGAGGGUGUUGCUUGAAUG